CAGACAGUAUAUCUUAUCGAUAAGUCUGCGAUUCAUAAGUGGGCAAGUUAUAAAAACACGAAGUAACGAAGGAAAAAUCAAUAUCUUUAUAAAUUCACAUAGAUAUUUAUUUUCUGUUUGCUCUAUAACAAGAAUGCGUUAAAAAUCGAAUAAAAUAAUACACAACGAAAAGAGCGUGAGAGAAACCACAGACACUGUCUCUAUCACAACGAUUAUCGUAACAAUGUGACUGCGAGUCAUACGAAAUGACGAAAUUUCAUAUAUGUUCCGUGGAAAACAUAGAAACAUUAAAGUGUAAAGACACAAAUUAAAUACGGGGUAAUACAACUUAAUCAAGGUCUGCUCGAAGUGACUAACGUGUCGUAUACUGUGUUGAAUUAAGAACUAUAUAUAAAAGCAACUGUCAUGACAACGACCAGUAACAACACGAGCAUAUCCUCGGCAACGCCAUUGAUGGUCAAAACAACAGUCACAACUUUGCAUACGAAUAGAAAAACUGAAUCGGCAAUGACCAUAGCUGCCUCUAAAACGAAACGCUCUGGGUAUAUAUCUCCGAGUACAUCCGUCAUAUGCGAAGAAGUUUUCGACGAUGCCUGUUUACCAUCAUCAGACGAGAUCUACGAUUAUGCCACGCUGAUAGGGAUCGAUCCUCUUAAGGAGCACCAUUUGCUUUAUCUCGCUAAGGAAGGUUUGAUGGCCGCACUGCCUUCGGAGUGGAAAAUCUGCUACUCCGAGGAGAAAAACGGUCAUUACUAUUAUAAUACGUUCACCAAGCAGUCGCAGUGGGAUCAUCCCUUAGAUGCUGUGUAUCGUGAAUUAGUAGAGAAGACACGUCAUAACAUAGGGGCGAUAAUUCCUGAAGGAGCCAUGGUUAUUAUUGAUAGCUCAGAUGAUAUAUCCCAGUUGGAUUCUGGUAUACGCAGUAUGCAUUGUACCGAUGAAUUCUACGAAAUCAACUCACCUUUCAACAGCGUUAAAACGCAGGCGUCAAUGAUUAAUUCUGUUUCUACUCACACGACCAGUUUUGCAGGUGCAAGUGUAUUUAGUGGCGGUGUUAAUCGAUUUUUAGAGUCUCGCACUAGGAAUUUCGGUCAAAUUUUCAAUUGUGUUAAAAAUGCUCAACUUGAAAACGGCAACACAAAUUCUCCAAUUAGUAUGAACACACAUUUAUCCGCAUCUAAACUAUCUCACAGGAUGCUGGCACUAAGCCGGGAAAACGAGGAGACAAGGGAAAACUCAGAUUCUAUAGUGGAGCAGCGAGAUGGAAUGUUUCUGCUCUCAAGUGCAAGCGGUUCCAGGAGGUUUCUCAAGCUUCGUCAAAACUUGGAACAAGUAAAAAUAGGUGGAAGUACUCCACUACUUUGUGUAAAGGGUAUUCUCCGUGAAUCAAGUGUGUUCGAUAUAAACCGUUGCAUGGACCGUGACGAUCCAACGACAGAAUUUGAUGAUAAAAAAAGCGUGCGCUUUAAUUUAGAGGAGAUGCACCGCAUGCGAGACUCACCCGAGGAUGAAUUCUCGCCAAAGUUAUGCCAGACUAGCGAGUUGUCCAUCAACCUGGACGACGAGGAAGUAGAGGCGGGGAUGGACUACGAUUUUAAUGAAGAUCGAGCUAAUAACAUGUUUAAAGGUGAAAAUAUUUAUAAUGAUGAAUUGCUCCAUGGUAAUCUCAAAGAGGGAAAGUGUAGCUUAAGCCGUUGCACAAGCGGCUUAUCAAAAUCCGUACCCAAAACUCAAACCAUUGAGAAGAUGAUGGCUUGUAGUAACAAUCCACCCAUGGAGCAUAAUUUGGUAGACUCAACAUCUGUUACGUGUAGGUCGAUAUGUGAAUUAAAAGAAGGUGCUACAACGAGGCAACACAAAGAUAACAAUGACCCAGAACCUGAGCCUAGUUUUGUUCGCAGCUUUAUUAUAAAAAAAAAUUCAGAGCAAGAUGCCCUAAAUCCAGUAAGCAACAGACCGUUUGAUUUGGAUGAGUUGGGUCGCAAGCAUAGCCAUGAGCUAGAGCUGUUGCAGCGUAAAUCCGCAGAGGUAUCAACAAAAAACGUGCAGGGCCUUAAAAUGGCCAGCAAGUUAGGUACUCUAUAUAAACAGACAGAUAGUUUUUUAAGUAACGAUGAGGCAAUCAAACGCGAGCAUGAGGUAAGGCUAAAGAACCUAAGACAUGAAUACGAUUUGCGCUUUACAUCGCACCAGCACCAACUCGAAGAAGCGUUCGAGAGUCAAAUUGAAAAAUAUCGGGGCAAGCUGGAGCUUCAGCUGCAAAGCAAGCGUUCUCUAAUAGUAAGCGAACAUAAGGCUCGAAUGGCCAUACUGCAGAGUAACCAUUCUGAGAUUCUCAAUGAGUUAGAGCGUGACCUCCAUAGUGAGGAAGAGAUUCUUCGCCGCGAGCAAGCAGUCAGGCUAUCACAAAUGCGGGACAAUCUUGCCCAUGAGCUAGAAUUGGAAAAUAAACGAUUUCGCGAGAAGGGUGAGGAGAGACUCUACGAGAAAGUUCGCUGUGAAAAACGUUUACUUGAGGACAAAUAUCGUUGUCUCAAAGAAAAAUACUUUAGACUUAAAACGGACGUUAGACUGUCCUUAGAACGACGCAAUCGACGACGCGAGGUACUCGCUUUUCAGAAAAAUUGCCAAAAUAAUAAGACCAACGCUAUCAUUGGCUCUGAAAUGGAGCGCUCUUUAUCCAAAAAUCCCAUUGAAAAUAGGGAAGAUCACUCAGUGAGCUACUCAGAUAAGGCAGUCAAAGGCAGCUUAAAAGAAAAACCACUGGGGCUUCCGAAGACACAGCUUAAUAAGCAGAAUAUUAGCAGCAAAUGCAUCGGGCAGCGGCAGCUCAAGAAUGAGACGAACACCUCAAUCAGUCAGUCGGACACAACAGUAUCAAAUAACUACUCCAAUGGUCAUUAUUUACCUGUUUCACAACCCACAAGCUGCAAAGGUUGUGGUACAGUCAAGCCAAGCGGAAACAGAAAUUCAGACGCGGAAAUUCAAGAGAAAAACAACAACAGCAAUCAGCUGGGAGGGUCACGGAAGAGGGUCUUUUCACGCGCUAAAUCAGCAUCAACCUCUAGACUUAACUCCGAUUAUAAAUAUCAACUGGAACGUGCGUUUACUCCUGUUGAAAAUUUACGGUACCAACUGCGAAAGCUAGAGGAUUUAGAGGAUCAGUUUCCAGAUCAUGCGGUUGACGCCACUUUUCAUCUUCGAUACCCGUUUACUGAUAUUUCCAACGAUCAUGCUAUUGAGGGUAUGGGCUCGGAACUGGAAUUUUUUAAACAUCGCAUACAUAUGGAACGGGAUUCAGUACGUCGAGCCAAAGAAUCUUUGAAAAAAGACCGUAGUGACUUUAGGUUACGGCAACGCGAUAUAAAACAACGGAUCAAAACUCCCCCUUUAGUACCUAAGCAGUGGCUGGACCAGCAUAUCCAAGAGGAAAAAGAAUUAACCGAGAUGGAAGUAAACCUACAUCGCACACGUGCUUUGUUAGGUGAGAAGGUUAUAAGGCUAAAGCAUCUAGAACGGAGCCUGCUCUGCAUGUACGAGCAAGACAAGUGCGGUACCAAUCUGGAUCACAAGGAUGAUGCUGCAACGCUCAGCGAUCUUUCGUCGCAAUCCAGUUCUGGCUUUAGCAGCACUGAUUUCGCCAGUGGCGCAGAUCUUCAGAAGCGCAGAGAAUACUUUCAACAGGAAUCCAUCGAAUGGAUUCAGAAUCUUGAAAUUCUUAACGAAGAGAUUUGUGAAAUUCUUGACAUACUAAGUCAAAAUCAACAAAAACAGCAUCAUCAGGAAUCAUUAUCGACCAUGGCCAUACAAUUUUCUAACGACCUUAAGUGGACACACAUGCUUAGCCAGCAGGAUACCGUAACGGCUAUAGUUUCUCCGUUUCAAGCAAGCAACUCAACAUCUAGCCAUGGUAUCAGCGAUAGCAGUGGUAUCGAGGCGGUACCUGCAUCUCAACCAAAACCAACAAUUGCGGAUCGUCUUGAGACCUAUCGCCAGUUAGCUGCUGGACAUAUGCAAGGCUCGAUGGGUGGUGCGAUUCUGGCGGCCAAUAGUAUCGUCUCCCAAAAUCGACGGCCUGUAAACUAUUCGACCAGUUUGGUGAAACGCUCUCGCGACCUUCGCGAUUGGCUGCGUCGGACCAAAACGGAGCAUGAGCUGCUAAUCGGCACUGGAAUUCAACACGGAAUCACAGAGAAAUCCAAAAUUGCUGGUAUCAGCGAAGUUAAUGGUGAAAGUGAUUAUAAUUCAAUCAGCGCAUCUGUAAUUAAUGCAGCCGCAAAAGGGUGAAGCUCUGCAAGUGGGCACACCAUUUUACAAAAAAAAAACCAGUAGUGGAGUGUUUUGACCAUAAUAUGCAAUGCGAUCUAGAAUGUUUGUCUGUUAUGUGCUGUAUUACUUAUUAGCCGACCGUUAUGAAGUCAAAUGAUUAAAGAGAAUAUCCAUUUAAAAAUGAAAACGACUGACUUCCAUAAUUUUUUUCAUUUGAUCUUUUUUACAUCUUAGCGUAGGACUUGGCAUUUCACUCAUGUGUUUAACACAGGCAAGGAAAUAAUUAAAUUAUGAAGUAGUUAAAUUAUUAACUGUUCAAUAAGCCCGUGUCUAUUUUAACCUCCCAUAUAACAAAUAUUAGGACAACACUCCUACUGUCAACAGCUCAUUUCUAUCAAAACUUAAGAAAUCUGCGUUAUUUAGCUUGUGUUUGACAGCCAUUGAUGGACGAUUUUAAUUCGAGUGAGUUCAUAAAGAAUUUUUUGCGGAAAAAAUUUCACUCAAUCAAGGCUAAGCUUGAUAAAUACUACGGUAAGUCUUCACAAUCAAUUCCAACGUCCUGGACGCCCAGAUUGUGGAAGCCAUAGGCUUAUCAAUGGGCUCAGUGGUUUCAAUUUUGAAUGAACACUUGAUCAUGAGAAACCGUUUCGCAAAAUAACUGCCGCGCUUGCUCAUAAUUGACCACAAACGCAUUCGAGUGAUAGCUUUGAUUUCCAUAAAUGAUGCUCCCUAAACCACCCUGAGCGAUUAUUUCUUGAACCUGAAGAAAUGGCUCGUCGGAAAGACACUUGAGUCUAACAGUGAAGUCAUCUCACAAAAAAGCCUACUUUGAAGCUCUCGAGAAGGGAUACAAAUAUUAGCGAAUCGUUGGACCAUGCUGAAAAACCAGUGUUUCAUUCAUAAAGUCACCGAAUUAUAUCCCUCGUAAACUUCGUGGAAAUGCCAACUGAGGCUAAAAAAUGAAAAGUCAAUAAAAACACAUUGAAACUGAGCCAACGGAAAUUGAACCAAUUGGCACAUAAUUUCGUUAGCUUCGAUGAAAACCUAUUCAAAUAAGAAAAGUUAGUUUUACGCGGGUUUUUGUUAUUUUUAUAGUCAUGAUCUCCUAUAAGAAAGAUGAUUCUUAAUAAAAAUGUUUCCUCAAAGUGUCUCUUAAAAAUCAA